AGCUACCGCACCCAAACACAAUAUAUUGUAAGGCCUGGUGUUGGUAGUGGGUAUUGGCGCCUGAGCGGUGGGAGCUGGGCCAUCGGGGCAGCGGACACCAUUUUCAUAGCUGGGAUCGCGGCCAAAGGGGGCGAGGACAGCAGUGUAUAGCUGGUGCGGUGGCCGUUGCGGGGACCGGGACAGCAGGGUUUAUAGCUGGGACAGCACUUCGAGGCUGGGACAGCAGGGAGGGUUUAGAGUUUUAGUUUGAUAUGUCUGGAACGGAGGAGGACGCAACUCUGAGCGCGAGGUUGGAUGAGGCGCUACGAGCUAUAGAGGAGGCCAAGGCUGAGACGAAGGAGGCCAAAGCUGAGACGGAGGAGCUUAGGGCAGCACAGCGGCGGUCUGCGGGUGCACCUGCCGGCAGCAGCUCAGGAGGCGACGGUCUAGUUGCUCCUGGAGGGGCUUCAUCUGCACCGGUGAGGCCAAUGUGGCCAGGCGGGGUGAGUCAUGAUGGCGGUACUGGGGUGCCGGG